CUAGACCGACCAACAAACCUGGCUCAAUCAUCGUUGGUUACAAUUGUAUAGUUUUCAUAGAACAGAAUUACAGGAGGUAGAAAAAAAUGUUGUUUUUUUGAACGUGAAUUUCACAAGCGCCAAAUUUGUGUAAGGAUAUGAAGACGCUGUUCAUUGGUUGAAGCCCUCGUCUCAGAAGCAAUCAGACGUCCCUUGUCCACUGGGGCUCAUGGUACUGAAACGGUAGUAGCUAGCAUUUUUAGGAGGGGCGGAUACAUUGACACAUUGUCUGGCAAUCUUGACGUACAAAGUGGAUGCCUCUAUGCCACAGCGAAAUAUACCUCUUCCAAUUUGCACAAGACUUCAGCCAUGGCCACGACAGGCACAGGCGCAACUGAGCCAAACCGGCCAGGCCCCCAGAGGAAGAUGUCCACCACAGGGGAGAGCUUGUACAAGGUGCUCGGCCUGGAGAAAGGAGCUUCCGCUGAGGACGUCAAGAGAGCCUACAGGAAACUAGCGUUGAAGUACCACCCAGACAAGAACCCAGACAACCCAGAGGCUGCAGAUAAGUUUAAAGAGAUCAACAACGCCAACUCCAUCCUGAACGAUGAUGGCAAGAGGAGGAUCUACGACGAGUACGGCUCCAUGGGCCUCUAUGUGUCCGAGCAGUUUGGAGAGGAGAGUGUUAAAUACUACUUCCUCAUGUCCAAGUGGUGGUUUAAGACCAUGGCCGUGUGCUGCACCGUCUUCUCCUGCUGCUGCUGCUGUUGCUGCUGCUGUUUCUGCUGCGGGAAGUGCAAGCCGCCGGAGGAGGAUGAUCACUACCAGUAUGUGGACCCAGAGGACCUGGAGGCCCAGAUCAAAGCAGAGACGGACAGAGGUCCUCGUGCCCCUAUUGUGAUCCAGCCACAUUCCAUCGCCAUCGAGGUUCCAGAGACCUCCCAGCCUGCAGCCAGCCAGCCCACCUCCAAGCCCCAGCAGUGACCCUUCCCUCCCAGCCCCAUCUACCCGCUGGAGCCCUCCCCUACGGUGGGCACGGCCAGGCCCCUGUGGCCCCACACUGGAGACCCAGCAGCCAGCCAGGCUAACCGUCACUAGUGCCAGUCAACCAGCCAGCUAGUCAACCCCCCAUACUGUGGUACAGAUCUAACUAAAUGGACAUGAGCGGCAGGCUGCCAAGAGACCAGGACUCCUUCUGACAUGAUAUGUAUCGGUCUAUCCACCAAACUGAGGAUUGGAACACUCUAUCCCUCCAUUUCAUCCCUCUGUUUCUAUCCUCCCUCAUAUAUCCCCCCUUUCUCUCUCUUGUCUCUGUUAGAAUGCUGUGGGAUUGGAGACUCUCUUUUUAAGUUCAGUCUGAGUUUUAAAUGGCCUGAGCCAAGCAUUCCACCUCCCCGGAGACUAAAGCAUGGAUCAGAGGAAGUAAAGGCUCCCAAACAGAUUGCAUGUGCUUCAUUUUAACUGCAUGCCCCUAUUGUACAGCACUGGCAAAUACAUACCCCAUACAUCCACACCCCUGUACUACAGCCACCACCCCACCACUGCCAGCGAUACCGCCAGCUGCAGGUGCACCUACAGUAGUAUGCCACACAACCAGGGAUCUCCCCUCCACCGCCACCUGAAAGAGAACCAAGAGUGGGGCUGGAUACAGUAGAGAUUCAAGAACAGUGAAAAUGUCGGGUGGAUAAAACAAGAAAAAUGUGUUGAUUGCUUAAUUUAAUUUCUAACUGUCACAAUUAUGUUAGUUCGACCAAAGCCAAACUAGAUGCCACUCACUCCAUGUGUUCAACAGUCAGCUCCCUAAGAGACGUUUCUCAUGCAACUAGAGCCAAACUGAGAGGAUUGUUUGAGGUGCAAUUAUGUAUUUGGGUCUAUUAUGCACUUCUGAAACCUGUGAAGUGGGUAAAUGAUCAUUUCCAAUGGACUGUUGGCUAACAUGGGUCCAGCCAAGUGCUUACUGAAACCCACAGUCAGUACAAUGCACUCUGUAUUGGUGGAACUGACUCCUGACUACAGCUAGUUAACUGCAACCAAACGACUUAUCAAACGUUUCCCAUCUCAAAUGGUGGUUUUGCUCUGCAUUCUCCUCAUAGUCUGAUGUAACAUGGAGAUACAGGGGAGUGGGUAUGUACUGUAGGGGUCUGUUUGACCUAGCCACUAAAGACCAUGCUAUGCCACAUCCUAGAUGGCUGCUUUGUUCAUUGUACUGCCUACAGAGAUCCCAUCACCGAAUAUUUGAGAAGUAACACAACAGGCUGUUUUCCAUGGGGUUUUGGUGGACUGAUUGCUAUGUUUAUUGUUUUAUGGGCUGAAGAGGCACGACUACUAGUCUCAGUGAUGAGAUGAUACAAUGUCCCACAGCAGGGUUAGGAUCUGUAAAGAUCGCCCAACCAGCAGUUUAUCUGUACUUAAGUACAGCUCUCUUUAUAACCCUGAGGUGCAGUCAGAGGUUUCUCAAUGUUGUGUAAUCAGAAUAGUGAAAACAGUGAAGUGAAUGAAUGUCAUAUUGUCAUUGAGAGUCAGUCAGUCCCAGGUGUGCAUGCGUGUGUGUGUGUGUGUGUAGCAUUGUACAAAAUCGUUGUUGGUUUGUUCAUGUAGUGCUGAGGUCAGUCAGUCAUUCAUCCCCCUCCCAGUUUUUGUUUUGUGGUUUGUAAUUUGAAAAGGGUGUUCUGUGUUUCCUGAAGAGGAGCAGGUACAUGGCCUUUAACCACCUUGUGUUUUGGCUGAAGAACCACCACCACCCUGAAGAUAAGCUAAACUAAAAUGAUGUCGUCAAAUGAUGUCAAGCAGCCAUUUUAUCUUUUGUAGCUCUCUCCUGAGUGUUUACAUAGAAAUUAUCUAUCAGCAGCAUAAUUUUGUUACUGGAAUUAUUGCACCUUUUCUCACCUCUUCAUACCAAUAAGUUAACAGAUAAAACCCACCUGAAGUUUCAGACUGUUGGUUGUGUUUUCACAAACCAUAAUAAACAUAACAGUACAGUAUCUGGCCCCAGGGCUCAGAGAGGAGGAAUAUAUUUAUUCUGGUGAUCCUUAUCUGCUGUAAAUAAUAAUAAUCAACCACUUGUCACAUGCAAAUAACAUUAUUUGAGAAUCCCUAUGAAUGGGAAAUGUUUUAAGAAUCAAGCCCAUUUAAAUGAUGUACAUUGUCCUUUAUUUAUUUUUUUAUGUCAAACCAAAAGAGCUGUUUUAAUAAAACACGUUGACAGACAGUUGGGAAGAGCGAACCCUAGGCUAGCCAACGUGGUCCUUACCAAGGAGCAACUGGUUGACAGAGGAGCUAGGCUAUGUCUCAACUGGUUGACAGAGGAGCUAGGCUAUGUCUCAACUGGUUGACAGAGGAGCUAGGCUAUGUCUCAACUGGUUGACAGAGGAGCUAGGCUAUGUCUCAACUGUUUGACAGAGGAGCUAGGCUAUGUCUCAACUGGUUGACAGAGGAGCUAGGCUAUGUCUCAACUGGUUGACAGAGGAGCUAGGCUAUGUCUCAACUGGUUGACAGAGGAGCUAGGCUAUGUCUCAACUGGUUGACAGAGGAGCUAGGCUAUGUCUCAACUGGUUGACAGAGGAGCUAGGCUAUGUCUCAACUGGUUGACAGAGGAGCUAGGCUAUGUCUCAACUGGUUGACAGAGGAGCUAGGCUAUGUCUCAACUGGUUGACAGAGGAGCUAGGCUAUGUCUUAACUGGCUAGGCCACCAUAGCUCUGGUCUGCAGUAACAGGCAGGCAGACAGUAAGUGUAUAUCUGCUUGUAGUGUAAGGCCAGGGCUGUCCCCAUGUCAUCACUCCCCUAUAGAACAUGGGACUAUGGGGACUCGGCCACUAAUAAUAUGAUUGAUGAUUGUAAUUUUGUCAAUGCUUUCAUUAUGUCAUUCAUUAUUCACCAUGAUGUCUUUCAUGGACAAAAAUGAUCUGUAAAUGUGUAUUUAUAUAUAAUGAAAUUGAAACAAUUAAAAGUGGGAUUUGUACAAUGUU